GGUCAUGCAAUUUUUCUCCUACGAUGAAUUCCUUCCGCAGAGUAAUCUUUUGAGAUUUCUCUCGAAAUACGGUUGCAACCAGAAUCUCGCCCAGCAGAAGUUCUGCACCAGCCUAAUAUUUCUGAUCUGCGGUGACAAUCCCGAGCAGUUUGAUUACGCUCUACUGCCUGUCAUCCUGAGUCACGAUCCGGCCGGUUCUUCGACUAAGACGCUUCUGCACUACCUACAAGCAUUACAGACGAACAAAUUUCGCCAAUACGACUACGGUCGCAAAAAAAAUCUAUUGAUGUACAACUCGGCGGAACCUCCGGACUACGAUCUGACGAAUAUAACGGUACCUAUCGCAUUGUUCUAUGGUGCUAACGACUGGCUGGUUAAUGUCUCGGAGAUGCAGAAGCUCUCCCGCCUAUUGCCCAAUGUAGUGGACAUGUACAAAGUGCCGUGGCCCAAAUUUAAUCACGUAGAUUUUGUAUGGGCCAAGGAUGCGCCCAAACUCGUAUAUAAAAGAAUACUCAAUCUUAUAUAA